GACUCUUGUGGGAAGGUGAUAGGACCAGACUUCGGAGCGUAUUUAGAGUUUGACCGAGACUCGCAGAUGGAAUGGAAGACUAACGUAAUUACGGUACCGGACCAUGUCAAGAGAUCCAUUUUCAAAUGUAUUGUGCUACUGCGAGGGAUGCCAUCUACCGGAGAAAAACGACAUAUGUCACUGUACUUUCGUUAUUUUACACUGAAAGAAAAGAACUUGAAAACAGUUGAAAAUACAAUUGAAAAUUGUGGGAAAGCGUAUUUAACUAUCUAUAACGGGAAAGACCUGACUGCACCGGAGAAAUACACACUUUGUGGUGGAAGUGCGUUUCCGUCUUUUUUCGAGUUUGAAGGCGGGGAAUUUAUAUCACUUGAAUUUCAUAUCGAUUUCAGGGAUAAUAAAACAAUCCUAGAAAAAAGAAUCGAAUCGCAACCUGGACUGAACUCUACAGCAACCUUAAGUGACCCAUAUCCAUACCCAGAUGUUUUCUUCAGAAUUGACGUAACAUCAUAUAGUUAUGACUGUAAUGGUACUAUUCCCGGCGUGGUGAUGCAGUGUAACGAUAGCCGGCGAUGUCUAGAUGACUCCCUCCGCUGUGACAGCUGGUUAUCAAAGAACUGCCGUUCCAGCCUCCACCCACAAGACAAUUCAGAUGUAGUCACAUACCCGCCUGGAAAUUGUUACAAGAUCCCCACUACUCUUCCAACUACAUCUGUCCCAACACCUUCCCCUCCGCCUCCAGAUCCCACGCCUAUCUACGUCAUCACCAGUGUACUCGUUCUAGCAUUAGUCCUGGUUUGGUGCUGCUGGAGACCCGGUUAUCUGCCCUGGAGAUGUGCACGCUUCCGUAACAUUCCCUGUUGUCGCUCAUGUUUAGCAUGUCGUAACGAAAGUUGCUUGAAAUGUUACAAUGCCACUCUUUCCGGCCCAUUACCCUGGUUUCGAAGCUUGAAUAAAACCUCUCCUUCAUGUAGAAGCAGCAAUCCAGAUUUAGAUGAUGAAAUCGACGGCAGAACUAUAGCAACGACGACUUCAGUAGGCAAGCGUCCUCUGUCGAACAGGGUUUACCCUAUUCAACGAUUUAAUGGGAGACUAGAGAAUGUACCAGACGUCACGGGAGAUGAUCGGAUACGAAAUGUUGAAAUAAACUGGAUUAAACUUCUGACCUAUGAUGGAAGCCAUCUUCGCGGACAUCGAUAGAGUUCACUUCUUGUAUCAGCCAAACUUCUCUUAUCAUAAAUGUUUUCAUAGAUGAGAAUGUUAGAAAUAAAAUAGAAGUCUUAAACUGUAAAUAAAUUAUAUUGGGAACAUUUCUUUUGAGAUAAAUCUCUUGUUGAUCGUAAUCCCUUCCAUUUAUUACGAUUAAAAGUGUUGCUACUUGGAAACGAUGUGUUGGGGCGCUAAAAUUAUUGUAAUGUGAAAUAUAACAAUUAGACUUUUUAGAUUUAUUAUCUAAAAUUAAAGGUUGCGCUCAAACUCGAGUAUAGAUAUUUCUGCACCCGAGUGGUGUCUUUUGUAAGAUGACCGAUCAGUUAUACUCCGUAUAUUUUGCUGUCUUUGGCGUGUUUUUUACAUCACAAGUUCAUUCAGGGAACAUACGCUGUGAGUAUUUUACUUUCACAAAACAUUUUUAAAAAUCAUUUUAACUGUAUGUAUAUAUAUUUCAUCAUACAUUUUCAAAAUUUAGAUUUUGUGACCGACAUUUGUGGGCAGGAAAUAGGACCAGACUUUGGGACCUAUCUUGAAUUUGACAAAGAUGGGAUAUUGGCAACAAAUGGAAAAUUUGCUCCUCCAAGUUUAAUAGGGACACUACUACAAUGCACCGUGACAGUCCGUGGGAUGCCUCCUUCUGGGGAAAAGCGCUUCAUGUCCGUGUACUGGCGAAACUUCCGAUUUAAGGGACCGGAAGUUGACCGCAUAGAAAAAGACCCACAAAAAUGCGGGAAAGCGUAUGUCACACUCUACAAAGGCAAAGGAACUAACAUUGCAGAGAAAGAGACAUUUUGUGGGCGGGGAGCCUUGCCUACACACAUAGAAUGGGAGGGGGAGUACGCCACAUUAUUUUUCUACGUAGACUACCGCACUCCGUCCCCUCCGGAUCCUGACGAUUCCACAAAUUUCACGUAUUCUGAGAUCUUUUUCCGCCUAGACAUCACUUCUUUCGAUUAUGAGUGUAAGGAGACAAAGGAAGGCAUUAGCAUGAUGUGUAACGACAGCAAGCGAUGCCUGGACGACUCCCUGCGCUGUGACUUCUGGUACUCACGAAACUGUCAAUCUCAGUCAUACCCACGGGACAACUCGGAUACUAGCAGAUGGCCCCCUGGAAACUGCUACAAAAUUGCUAAAACAACGACCACCACGCCGUCCCCUCCCCCGCCUCCUACACCUCCUGACUACACGCCCCUGAUUGCUGUUUUGGCUACUGCUUUCAUAUUUGUUUUCUUCUUUUGGUGUUUCUGGCGGCCUGGUUAUAUUUUGUGGCGAGCAGGGCGCCUGCGCAAUCAUCCCUGCAUGAGGGCGUGUGGUACCUGCCUUCCGUGCUCGGUAAUGUGUAUGAGAUGUUGCAGUUGCAGUGCUUGUUGCGCCGGUGGAUAUGAAUCAAGUCCAACCGGAGCUGCAGCUUGGAGCGCACUUCAGCAGCAAGAGUCGGAGCGUCAGAAAUCUUUUGCGAAAGAAGGCAGUUCAUUUAUUGGACUAGCUAGUGGAAGUUCCCAGCGAGAUUCAGAGAAAUUAACCACGCAGAUUUUACCGUGUUUUCCGAAAAGAUCCAAGCCAGAAAAACAAGGUGGAAAAGUGAGACUGAGACAAGCCACUGUAUGUCCUUUACAAUGUACACCUGAGGAUCAAAUGUUCAGUAACAUCGAAGAUAAUGAAACGAGCAAUGAAGACCGAUUGAAAAGCAACAAUCCGGAUAUUCUUGGAAAAAAGACUUCUAGCGUCAUCAACUUUGCCAGUGACUGGGUCAAAUUGUUGACAAGCGACGGCUGUCAUCUGAGAGAACAUAGAUAGAAUAAUAUAGUUGCUAUAAAUAUUUCUGUAUUUUAUAAAGGAAAUGUAUCAUAAAACCAACGUAGAUUUCUGCAAUUUUGCUAUGUACAUCUAUCAAUUUAAUAUUUCCUAUCAAAGGAUAAAUGCUGCUAAUAUGUGUACUUUGUAAUGUUUCGAAAUUAGUGGAAACACUUAAAGGGAGGCCGGAACAUUUGAUGACCUAUUCCUGGUGUAAGGCCUUAUAAUUGCAAAAUACUCUUCCGGGUUUUCAAGACCCUCCAAAUUAAAUUUCCUUGAAAAGUGCUUCCUACAAGUGUUACAACAAAUGUAAAUUCUGAAUCAACGAUUACUUGUAAAUGUCAAGUACUUAUAAUGAGUUGUUGGAGGACCUGUGUACAAAUUGAAAGUUGAAAUAUGUUCU